UCCCUUUACAGAUACGUCAAGCAUCUUUUCUUACAUCUAAAUGGUGGGACAACCUCCUAGACCUUAUAUGUGAAUGUGGCCAUGCAAAGUGUGUGACAUUUCAUUAUCUACCCGAGACCACUUCAGAUCUUUUGAGUUGACUUCUUCACCAGGUAAAGAGGUUGCCCUGGUUCAGCUUGAAGAACUGACAGACUGCUAUCCACUUGUGGCCUAUACAGUUUGUUCCAAACGUAUGGUAACCCUGAAGAGACACAUCGUCAUCAAAGAUUAAAAAAUCAGGAUGGCAGGACCAGUUAGCUUCAGAGUCCUGUUUGGAAGUGAAGAUGAUGCAAGAAAACUAACCAUUAAAUCCGGAAUACCGUCUUCUGUGGAUGAAUUGUCUUUUGAAAUUAAGACCUUCUUUGGAGUAACAGAGCAGUUUAGGCUUCAAUACAAAGACGUAGACUUUGGAAACGAAUUCAUGAACCUCUUAUCAAUUUCUGAUAUUCAAGAUCGCAGUACUUUGAAAGUGGUGUACUUACCUUGUGAGGCUACCACCUCCACAAUAUCCUCAGCUCCAUCCACUAAAGAUAACUGCUCCACAAUCCCAGUUACUCCCUCCAAUAUAUCUUGCAGCUCCUCAUCACAAGAACCAAGUGAUUCAGCAUCUGCUGACUCCUGUAGCAGCAACGAUACUGUCGUAUUGUCAUCUCCUGACUCCCGGUCUUGCACUUGGCCUAAAGAUUUUGUAGUGCCACGAUUUUCAUAUUGUGCCGAGAUGCAGCUCCAGAAGGGAAAUGAUGAAUUCAAUGCAAGUGGAACUCUCCUAUCUCUUACGCCCAAACUCAGAUCUGAUAUUCUUGAAGGCAUUGCAGAAGAAAUAAUCAAGUAUACAGCAUAUCCAAAGGACAAUCAGUUUGAAAAAGUUGCUGAGGCCUUGAUACAAACCCAUCCAUGUUUGCGUGAGAAAGGAACUCGGACUGGGUGUUGUGGAUGGAAGCACUAUAUUAAGAUAAAGAUGAUGAACUUCCGAACCAAGCUUGGCCGAGCUGGACACCCAGAAGUCACAGUCAACUCACUUAAAAACAAACAGAAAGGCCAGGGAAAACCAGCUGCAAACAUAAAAAAGCCACGGAGGGCAGAGGUUAAUUUCUGUCCAAACCAUCCGAGAGGUGAAACCAAUGACAGCCUGGAGGUGGAAAGGGUUGCUCUAUUGACCGAGGUUAAAAAAAAGAAUAACGAGACCAUUAUCAAGGAAAAGAUGCAGUGUACCUUCUCAUACCGACGACAAGAAAUUCUUCAGGAGCCAAUGAUUACAGAGGUCCGAAACAGAUGGCCAGCAUUGUUUGAAGUUGAAGAAGUCAACAUGGAGUUCAUGCGUAUAACAACUGUUCCGCUGAUAUCAAAAUUCAUUGGUCAACUGGACAAAUACACUGAUGGCCUGAUGAAGGUGUUCCGUCACAAAGGAGGAUGUGCAGGACAGAAAAUCCGCACCAUAAUGGCAUUGACAACUAAAAAUGAAGACAUAAACACCAGGCGUGAUUGUAUCCUGAGGUGCCUAAGUGUCUACCUCAACGAAGACAUCGAGACACUUGUCAAAGAAUAUGUGGACACUGAAAGUGUGGAGGCUGAGUCUCUCAUUGCACAGACAACAAUGGGCAUCUAUGUAAUUCGAGCGGAGGGCACUGGUCCUGAAGAAGAACCUUCAGAUGUUGGUGUUGUUCUUGAAGGAGUUGAAGUUUGCAAAACCUGCCAAGUGUCACACUUGGAUGUGUAA